AGUAGGUUAGUAGUCAUAGUGUUGUCUAGAUGACAGUAUAGUUGUAGUAGGUUAGUAGUCGUAGUGUUGUCUAGGUGACAGUAUAGUUGUAGUAGGUUAGUAGUCACAGUGUUGUCUAUAUGACAGUAUAGUUGAAGUUUUUUAAUUAGAGACGCACAUACUCACGUUAUCUCUCUCUAGCAUGUGGUGGACCGUGCAACACCCUGAAACACACACACAGAAACACACACACACACCCAUGACACUUAUACAGACAACAUGCUACGGAAGAAGACCGAGCCUGGGUAUGAAGAAUAAACAAGAAUUAUGUUUAUUGCCUGUUUUAGUUGCGGCCUGUCUAGUGUCCAUAAUGGGUGGUUCACCUCUCCCUAGCCCUAUUCUGAUUGGUCCAGACAAGGCCUACCUGAACUCCAAGGUGGUGUUCCAAUGUAGGUCACCUGGGUCUCCUCCACCAAACACAUACGAGCUCCUGAAGGAUGGCAACCACCUGGUCGCCACGAGCAACGACCUCCAAGACGACCAAUCGGCUAUGUUCUUCCUGAAGAUCUCUGUGACGUCAGAAGGAUCGUACCACUGCAGGGUGACGGCAGGUGGAAACAUGGGCCUCAGUGGAACAGUCCGCCUGCAAGUAGUGAUCCCUGUCUCAGGCACUAUGGUGACUUCUGACCCUGAUCCUCCCAUUCUCUACGAGGGGUUGCGGCUCACUCUCACCUGUGAUGUCACCAAGGGCUCCCACCUCUCCUACACCUGGUUCUACAACAGACAGGAAGUGACAUCAUCUCCAACCUCACCUUUGACCCCACUUCUGCUCUGGCCGGUGGGGAACACACUGGUAGUGGAGAGGGUCACAACAAAGCAUACUGGGAAUUAUUCGUGCAUUGCCGGGACCAGGAUGCAGACCAACAGCAGGUUCUCCAGCAGCAGAGAGGUAACGGUCAGGAUCAAAGUCUAUCUCUCCGUACCCCAAAUAUCUUUCACCAUCUCCAAAGAGGGUUCGAGUUACCACGGCAAUGUGACCUGCAGGUCGUCAAGGGGAACCCCUCCCGUGACAAUCUACCUCUUCCUUGACGACAAGGAGGUGGGUUCCGACGUGGCAACGGAGUCGCUGGUUGCCUGGUUCCCUGUUGCCAUGGUUCCCGGGCGUGACAUGGGCGCGGUGCGGUGUGCAGUGGAGAGUGAUGCACAGAGACUGACCAGCAGACCCCUGACUCUGGUAGUGGUCCCAGUAGGAGGCUCACCAAAGGUGGAUGUGGAGUACCUUUACAGGGUUGAUUCCAAGAUGGCCGCCGCUCGUCUCCAAUGCCUCCUGAGCCUUGGGACCUUCCCUUUCUUCUCCUGGUCCCUCAACGGCUCCCUCCUCCUUCAACCCUCUGAGGGAGACUCCUCUCACCCAUCUCACGCCCUGGCGGACGGAGGGCGCACCCUAUUCCUCACCGAGAUCACCCUAGAGGACUCUGGGUAUUAUCAGUGCAGGGCAAGGGACAGUUAUGAUGUAACGUCCGCCUGGGUGGAAAGCCAACCUGUCCUUGUGCAGGUCACAGAAGUUGCCACGACAACCAUAGAGGUCAUGGCCAUAGUGUUCUGCUGUUUCCUCAUGCUGACCCUGGCAGGGGGUGUGGCCUGUGUGAUGAGGAUGCUCAACCGCCAACGAGGUGUGUGUGUGUGUGUUCAGAAUAUGGUCAUUGUUCUUAAAUGUGUCACUCUCAGUCUUUCGUUCUCUCUCUCUCUUCCUCCCCCCUCUCUCUCAGACGUUGUUGCAAGCAGCGAGCAGAGAGCGAGAGCGGCAAAUGAAAGACGAUUCAGUGAACAUUUCUGCAUCAUCCCAGAUCCACUUUCUCUGUCUGACAUCACUACCAGACCCUUGAGAUCACAAUAUAACCGACGUGAUGAAAUAAAACCCAACUUUAGACUGACGAGUUCCUCACAAAAGAAUCCUUCAAUGUAAUUUUAUCCAACAAACUAUUAUGUUUUUUUCAAUCACUUCAGCCCAUUUUUCAGAUUGAAGUGUUAUAUUUUCAAAAGUCAAAACUCACACCACUUGUAAUGUCCCCUGUCUUGUGUUCAGAACCGUUGAUUUAACAUUCAUUGGUGCUGAACACAUCGUUCACCCGAGUCAUACCAUGACAACACUUUGUUUAGUUACCAAUCAAUCAGAUAACGACAGGCUCACCAGUUAGUCAUUUUAACUACCUUUUAAUCCAACAGCAAAAAAUACAAGAUACAUACAAACUGUCCUUUUUGAAGUGCUGAGUAGAAAGAAGAGUAUAUGGUAAAUAUCAUUUUCCGUACAGUAUUUGGCCAUAACUUGACAUGCACAAUUAGUUUUUGAAAAACAUAUUUUAUUGUAUCCAAUGGUGAGCAUGUUGAGACGUACAUCAGUCUUACAGUUUCAUCAUCCUUACGAUAAUGAAGCUGACGAAAUUCGAGCAAGGGCUGCCUUCCAGAAAGACCCCAGAGAUUGUGACAUUCUCUGUUUCAUGGAAACAUGUCUCUCUUGAGAUAUGUUGUCGGAAUCGGUUCAGCCACCGGGCUUCUCCAUGCAUUAAGCCGACAGAGAUAAACACCUCUCUGGGAAGAGGAAGGGCGGUGUCACGUCCUGACCUUAGAGAGCCUUUUUAUUUCUCUAUUUGGUUAGGUCAGGGUGUGAUUUGGGUGGGCAUUCUAUGUUUUCUAUUUCUUUGUUUUUGGCCGAGUAUGGUUCCCAAGCCCUACCCCGCCAUCCCUUCGGCAAAUCCGACCACGACGCCAUCUUGCUCCUACCGUCUUAUAGGCAGAAACUCAAACAGGAUGUACCAGUGACUAGAACCAUUCAACGCUGGUCUGACCAAUCGGAAUCCAUGCUUCAAGAUUGUUUGAUCACGUGGACUGGGAUAUGUUCCGGUCAGUCUCAGAGAACAACAUCGAUCUAUACGCUGACUCGGUGAGUGAGUUUAUAAGGAAGUGCACUGGAGAUGUUGUACCCACUGUGACUAUUAAAACCUACCCUAACCAGAAACCGUGGAUGGAUGGCGGAAUUCGUGCAAAACUCAAAGCGCGAACCACCGCAUUUAACCAUCGAAAGAGGUCUGGGAAUAUGGCUGAAUAUAAACAGUGUAGUUAUUCCCUCCGCAAGGCAAUCAAACAAACGAUAUGUCGGCAUAGGGACAAAGUGGAGUUGCAAUUCAACGGCUCGGACAUAAGACGUAUGUGACAGGGUCUACAGGAAUCACUGACUACAAAAAGAAAACCAGCUCUGUCACGGACACCGACGUCACGCUUCCAGACAAACUAAACACCUUCUUUGCCCACUUUGAGGAUAUACAGUGCCACCGUUGAGGCCUGCUAUCAAGGACUGUGCCCCCCACUUUCCUUCUCUGUGGCCGACGUGAGUAAAACAUUUAAACGUGUUAACCCUCGCAAGGCUGCUGGCCCAGACGGCAUCCCUAGCCGUGUCCUCAGAGCAUGAGCAGACCAGCUGGCUGGUGUGUUUACGGACAUAUUCAAUCGCUCCCCGUCCCAGUCUGCUGUCCCCACAUGCUUCAAGAUGGCCACCAUUGUUCCUGUACCCAAGAAGGCAAAGAUAACUGAACAAAAUAACUACUGCCCCGUAGCACUCACUUCUGUCAUCAUGACGUGCUGAGAGACUAGUCAAGGAUCACAUCACCUCCACCUUACCGGCCACCCUAGACCCAAUUCAGUUUGCAUACCGCCCCAAUAGGUUCACAGACGAUGCAAUCGCCAUCACACUGCACACUGUCUUAUCCCAUCUGAACGAGGGGAAUACCUAUGAAAGAAUGCUGUUCAUUGACUACAGCUCAGCAUUCAACACCACAGUACCCUCCAAGCUCAUCAUCAAGCUAGAGACCCUGGCUCUCAACCCCUGUGCAAUUGGGUCCUGGACUUUCUGACGGGCCGUCCCCCAGGUGGUGAAGAUAGGAAACAGCAUCUCCACUUCGCUGACCGUCAACACUGGGGCCCCACAAGGGUGUGUGCUCAGCCCUCUCCUGUACUCCCUGUUCACCCACGACUGCGGGGCCAUGCACGCCUCCAACUCAAUCAUCAAGUUUGCAGAUGACACAACCAUAGUGGGCUUGAUUACCAACAACAACGAGACAGCCUAUACAGACAGUGUGGUGAAGACAGUGUGGUGACAGUGUGGUGAAGAAGGCGCAACGGCGACUCUUCAACCUCGGGAGGCUGAAGAAAUUUGGCUUGUCAUCCAAAAACCUGACAAACUUUUACAGAUGCACAAUCGAGAGCAUCCUGUCGGGCUCUAUCACAGCCUGGUACAGCAACUGCACCGCCCUCAACCGCAAGGCUCUCCAGAGGGUGCACAACUCAUCACGGGGCAAACUACCUGCCCUCCAUGACACCUACAGCACCCGAUGUCACAGGAAAGCCAAAAAGAUCAUCAAGGACAUCAACCACCUGAGCCACUGCCUGUUCACCCCGCUACCAUCCAGAAGGCAAGGUCAGUACAGGUGCAUCAAAGCUGGGACCGAGAGACUGAAAAACAGCUUCUAUCUCAAGGCCAUCAGACUGCUAAAGAGCAAUGACUAUCUCAGAGAGACUGCUGCCUACAUUAAGACCCAAUCACUGGCCACUUUAACAAUGGAUCACAAUUCACUUUAAACAAUGCCACUUUAAAUAAUGCCAGUUUAAUAAUGUUUACAUAUCUUACAUUACUCAUAUCUUAUGUAUACACUGUAUUUUAUAUCAUCUAUUGCACCGUGCCUAUGCCGCUCGGCCAUCGCUCAUCCAUAUAUUUAUAUGUACAUAUUCUCAUUCACCCCUUUAGAUUUGUGUGUAUUUGGUAGUUGUUGGGGAAUUGUUAGAUUACUUGUUAGAUAUUACCGCACUGUCGGAACUAGAAGCACAAGCAUUUCGCUACACUCGCAUUAACAUCUGCUAACCAUGUGUAUGUGACCGAUAACAUUUGAUUUGAUUUAUACAGUACAUAUGUCAGUCUUACAGUUUCAUUAUCCUUAUACAGUACAUAUGUCAGCCUUACAGUUUCAUUAUUCUUAUACAGUACAUGUGUCAGCCUUACAGUUUCAUUAUCCUUAUACAGUACAUAUGUCAGCCUUAUAGUUUCAUUAUCCUUAUACAGUACAUAUGUCAGCCUUAGUUUCAUUAUCCUUAUACAGUACAUAUGUCAGUCUUACAGUUUCAUUAUCCUUAUACAGUACAUGUGUCAGCCUUAUAGUUUCAUUAUCCUUAUACAGUACAUAUGUCAGCCUUAGUUUCAUUAUCCUUAUACAGUACAUAUGUCAGUCUUACAGUUUCAUUAUCCUUAUACAGUACAUAUGUCAGCCUUAUAGUUUCAUUAUUCUUAUACAGUACAUGUGUCAGCCUUAUAGUUUCAUUAUCCUUAUACAGUACAUAUGUCAGCCUUAGUUUCAUUAUCCUUAUACAGUACAUAUGUCAGCCUUACAGUUUCAUUAUCCUUAUACAGUACAUGUGUCAGCCUUACAGUUUCAUUAUCCUUAUACAGUACAUAUGUCAGCCUCACAGUUUCAUUAUCCUUAUACAGUACAUAUGACAGUCUUACAGUUUCAUUAUCCUUAUACAGUACAUGUGUCAGUCUUAGUUUCAUUAUCCUUAUACCAUACAUAUGUCCGUCUUAGUUUCAUUAUCCUUAUACAGUACAUGUGUAGAACAAAUUAUCAGAUAUAUGGGGUAUUGUGUAGGUAGUGUAAUGCAGUAGGCUACAGUUAUAACGUCCUGGUGUAGUCUGAUGUAGCUAUUUCUGCCCCAUGCAACACUGUUCAAGAACACCUUUUCUGUGUGACUUGUCAACUGAUACAGUAUCGCCUGUCUCUCUGCUUGAAAUUCAUCAGUUUACAGUGUAUCAAUGACAUUUGGAUAACGAGUAGAAUAUAUUGUAAUAUACAACUCAGGUAUAAAUAUAUUGCAAUAUUCAACUCAGGUAUAAAUAUAUUGUAAUAUACAACCCAGGUAUAAAUAUAUUGUUAUACAACCCAGGUAUAUUUAUUUAUUUAUUUAUUUCACCUUUAUUUAACCAGGUAGGCAAAUUGAGAACACGUUCUCAUUUACAAUUGCGACCUGGCCAAGAUAAAGCAAAGCAGUUCGACACAUACAACAACAGCGUUACACAUGGAAUAAACAAACAUACAGUUAAUAAUACAGUGAAAAUAAGUCUAUAUACAAUAUGAGCAAGUGAGGUGAGAUAAGGGAGGUGAAGGCAAACAAAAUAUAUGUAUAAAUAAAUUUAAAAAAAUAUAAAAGGCCAUGGUGGCGAAGUAAAUACAAUAUAGCAAGUAAAAAAAUAACACUGGAAUGGUUGGUUUGCAGUGGAAGAAGGUGCAAAGUAGAGAUAGAAAUAAUGGGGAGCAAAAUAAAUAAAUACAGUAGGUAAAGAGGUAGUUGUUUGGGCUAAAUUAUAGAUGGGCUAUGUACAGGUGCAGUAAUCUAUGAGCUGCUCUGACAGCUGGUGCUUAAAGCUAGUGAGGGAGAUAAGUGUUUCCAGUUUCAGAGAUUUUUGUAGUUCGUUCCAGUCAUUGGCAGCAGAGAACUGGAAGGAGAGGCGGCCAAAGGAAGAAUUGGUUUUGGGGGUGACCAGAGAGAUAUACCUGCUGGAGCGCGUGCUACGGGUGGGCGUUGCUAUGGUGACCAGCGAGCUGAGAUAAGGGGGGACUUUACCUAGCAGGGUCUUGUAGAUGACCUGGAGCCAGUGGGUUUGGCGACGAGUGUGAAGCGAGGGCCAGCCAACGAGAGCGUACAGGUCGCAGUGGUGGGUAGUAUUUGGGGCUUUGGUGACAAAACGGAUGGCACUGUGAUAGACUGCAUCCAAUUUAUUGAGUAGGGUUUUGGAGGCUAUUUUGUAAAUGACAUCACCGAAGUCGAGGAUUGGUAGGAUGGUCAGUUUUACAAGGGUAUGUUUGGCAGCAUGAGUGAAGGAUGCUUUGUUGCGGAAUAGGAAGCCGAUUCUAGAUUUAACUUUGGAUUGGAGAUGCUUGAUGUGAGUCUGGAAGGAGAGUUUACAGUCUAACCAGACACCUAGGUAUUUGUAGUUGUCCACAUAUUCUAAGUCAGAGCCGUCCAGAGUAGUGAUGCUGGAUAGGCGGGCAGGUGCAGGCAGCGAUCGGUUGAAGAGCAUGCAUUUAGUUUUACUUGUAUUUAAGAGCAAUUGGAGGCCACGGAAGGAGAGUUGUAUGGCAUUGAAGCUCGCCUGGAGGGUUGUUAACACAGUGUCAAGAGAAGGGCCAGAAGUAUACAGAAUAGUGUCGUCUGCGUAGAGGUGGAUCAGAGACUCACCAGCAGCAAGAGCGACAUCAUUGAUGUAUACAGAGAAGAGAGUCGGUCCAAGAAUUGAACCCUGUGGCACCCCCAUAGAGACUGCCAUAUAUUGUUAUACAACCCAGGUAUAAAUAUAUUGUUAUAUACAACUCAGGUAUAAAUAUAUUGUUAUAUACAAUUCAGGUAUAAAUAUAUUGUAAUAUACAACCCAGGUAUAAAUAUAUUGUAAUAUACAAUUCAGGUAUAAAUAUAUUGUAAUAUACAACUCAGGUAUAAAUAUAUUGUAAUAUACAACCCAGGUAUAAAUAUAUUGUUAUACAACCCAGGUAUAAAUAUAUUGUUAUACAACCCAGGUAUAAAUAUAUUGUUAUAUACAACUCAGGUAUAAAUAUAUUGUUAUAUACAAUUCAGGUAUAAAUAUAUUGUAAUAUACAACUCAGGUAUAAAUAUAUUGUAAUAUACAACUCAGGUAUAAAUAUAUUGUUAUAUACAACUCAGGUAUAAAUAUAUUGUUAUACAACCCAGGUAUAAAUAUAUUGUAAUAUACAACUCAGGUAUAAAUAUAUUGUAAUAUACAACCCAGCUGUAAACAUAUUGUAAUAUACAACCCAGGUAUAAUUAUAUUAUUAUAUACAACUCAGGUAUAAAUAUAUUUUUAUAUACAAAUCUACAAAUCAUGUAUAAAUAUAUUGUAAUAUACAACACAGCUAUAAAUAUAUUGUUAUAUACAACUCAGGUAUAAAUAUAUUUUUAUAUACAAAUCUACAACCCAGGUAUAAAUAUAUUGUUAUAUACAACCCAGGUAUAAACAUAUUGUUUUUUAACUCAGGUAUAAAUAUAUUGUUAUAUACAACCCAGGUAUAAACAUAUUGUUUUAUAACUCAGGUAUAAAUAUAUUGUUAUAUACAACCCAGGUAUUUCAGCAGUGCAUUGUACAGUAUAAUUCUGAAUGGAAGCACUUCCAGUGACUCUCCACGUUGUCCUGUUGAAGCACACUGGCUGAUGGAGAAUGAUGAGGUGAUACAGUCUUCAGCAGUUAUGAAACUAUGUAGGUAAGCUAAGCACUACUCCAUUUUGGUUCAGCAGUUAUGAAACUAUAUAGGUAAGCUAAGCACUACUCCAUUUUGGUUCAGCAGUUAUGAAACUAUAUAGGUAAGCUAAGCACUACUCCAUUUUGGUUCAGCAGUUAUGAAACUAUAUAGGUAAGCUAAGCACUACUCCAUUUUGGUUCAGUAGUUAUCCGUUUUGAGCCGUUUGAUUAAGUGAUAGACAAAUGUAUUGUUAACAAAUGACAAGAAAAUCCUAUCAAAAGUAAAGUGAAUAUUGCAUUUUGAAAGGCAGAUACUUGAAUAUGUGUGCAAAUUGAAAGAGUGAUUUGGUGCAGUGAACAAGUGACUUUGUGAAUUUGUUUGUGGUACUCAGUCAAUUGAAAAUGUGCUUAGAAUUUUGACCACGUGACAUUUUGAUUAUCUGUUUGGAGUCUUGUACUUAGAGUUGUGAAAAUGUACCACAUACUUGUGAAAAUUGCACCAAAGUGAAAAAAAUUAAGACUGUAAAUUGUAUUUUCAAAUGUUUUAUGACUUUUAAUGGAAUAAUUGUUAUGAAUACUGAAACAUUACAAAAUGUAAUGCUACAUCUCGUGUGUGUGUUAAUAAAGUUGCGACAUUUGAAGCA